UAUGUUAUGCAUAUCAGAAGUUCCCAAUUCAAAGACCACUUAAUUGAGAAACAAACUAGCAAUUCAGCGGCAAACAGUCAAACACCGCCAAAGACACAAACCCCAACCAACAACCCCCACCCAGAAAUGAAAUGCCCGUACUGUUCAACCACCCAAGGCCGGUGCGCCACCACAUCUUCCGGCAGAUUCAUAACAGAAUGCAUAUCAUGCGGGCGCGUGGUCGAAGAACGCCAAACUCAAUCCCACCAUCUUUUCCACACGCGCGCACAAGACACCCCAUUAUACCUAGUCACACCUGACCUACCAACUCUUCCUGACCAAACCGAAGAAGACGACCCAUUCGAACCAACCGGAUUCAUAACCGCUUUCUCCACCUGGUCACUCGAGCCGUAUCCGGUUUUCGCCCAAUCCUCUGUUUCGUAUUCAGGGUAUUUGGCUGAACUUGAAAGAGUACUUGAAACGACGUCGUCUUCGUCUGCCUCUGGACCGUCUGUUGUCGUGGAUAAUCUUAGGGCUUAUUUGCAGAUAAUUGAUGUGGCUUCUAUAUUAGGGUUGGAUUGUGAUAUUUCUGAUCAUGCUUUUCAGCUUUUUAGGGAUUGUUCUUCUGCUACUUGUUUGAGGAAUCGGAGUGUCGAGGCGUUAGCUACUGCCGCGCUUGUUCAAGCUAUCCGUGAAGCUCAAGAGCCUCGAACAUUGCAGGAAAUAUCGAUUGCAGCUAAUUUACCUCAGAAAGAGAUUGGCAAGUACAUCAAGAUUCUUGGAGAAGCUCUGCAACUAAGUCAGCCAUUAAACAGCAAUUCCAUCUCGGUGCACAUGCCUAGAUUUUGCACUCUUCUUCAGCUAAACAAAUCUGCCCAGGACCUUGCAACUCAUAUUGGUGAAGUGGUGAUCAACAAAUGUUUCUGUACACGUAGGAACCCCAUAAGCAUCUCUGCAGCCGCGAUAUAUUUAGCCUCACAACUUGAAGAUAAACGCAAAACACAGGCAGAGAUUUGUAAGGUCACUGGACUUACCGAAGUCACUCUUCGUAAAGUCUACAAAGAGCUGUUAGAAAAUUGGGAUGACCUUCUUCCUUCAAAUUACACCCCUGCUAUACCUCCAGAGAAAGCAUUUCCUACUGCUACAAUUGCUUCGGGACGUUCUUCUUCCACACCCAGAAUCAUUGAUGGUGUAGAGGCUGAAAUUAAACCCAUAGAAAGUAGAGAUGACGUGACUAAUGACCACCCGUGGAAGUUUCCAAGUCAAAAUACAAAAGAAGUGGAUAUAAAUGGUGGAGUCACCUCUUGCGGCGGCAGCAGUGACGGUGGUGGUGGUAAUGGUAAUGCACGUUUGUGGCCUCCGCCAAUUUCUUCUUCUCAAGCCAAUGCUAGAUCUAUGCAAAAGGCAGAGGUGGUUUCAGGUAUUGGAGAUGUUAAUAGACAUGGUACCGAUAAUCGAAGCUGAUGUUUCUUGCUAGGUGGAUUCCAGUGUGCUAAUUUAUGUUAAUUGUCAUAAUGUUUAUUUCGGAUCUCUGGUAGUGAAGGCUGUAUUUUUCUGAUUUCAAUGGGGUUUCUGUUUCUCAGAUCUGAAGUCAAGUGCAAAGUGUUUAAGUUUUAGUUAGUAAAAUUCUCAUGAUAUCAUAGUUGCUUAAGUGACUCGGUCUUUUAUGCUUCUAGCUAAUCUGAACCUUGCAAGAAACAUCUGAGAUGCAGACAUUUUGGAUGCACAAGCUACCAUUCAGGAGUACCUAGAUAAGUUGCUGGCUGCCGACUUUAAACGUGUGUUCAAGUUAAUUACUGCCGAGCUCUUCUCCAGAUGUAAUAGGCACAUGGCAGGCCUUUUCCAGGCUUCAAGGGAAGUCCACGAAACCUGGGAUUCAGUGAUUUGGAUUUUUGUAGUCGGACUGAAUGAUCAACAGAUUGUAGAGGAGUCUGUUCAUAAGCUUUUGCCAGCUAGUGAAACUGAGCCUUUGUCUGAGUUGUCUAUUGCAGAAUUAUGCUCUGAGUAUGCUACCCAUUUAGCUGAUAUAGAUGGUGUUGUAUAUGUGUUCUAUUGCAUCAGCUUAUGCAGGCGGGUCUCAAAUAUUUGGUCUUUGCUCUUUAUCCGUGGGAUAACCUGGUGGAGUGUUGGGGUGUAAUUUUUUUAGCAACUUGCUAAACGUUAACAAGGUAUCGUUGUUUCAAUUAAA